AUGGGUCGACAGCAAAGGAAGGAGGACCGACAGGCGCGCAAGAAGACCAAGAUCUCGGCUACCCAGUCCCACGCCAAGAAUGCUUCCGGUGCCUCCAACAGUGUCGGCAAGCAGACCACCAACGCUGGGUUCGUCUUCAACAAGAACCAGUUCACCAGCCUCAUCAACAAGGGCAAAGCUCGCCAACAGCAACAGAUACAGCAGCAGCAGGUAGCCGCUCAACGAGGAUCAGCAGUAGCACCAAAUGGAACCCAAGCCAGAAUGGAUAUGGACGUGUCCACGCUCGGCGAUGCGGCCGAGGGCAGUGCAGCCGCAGCAGCUCGAUUGCGAGACGAGAUUGCCGGAGCAGCAGCGACAUCCAACUCGCACGACGUUGCCAAUGAGGCAAACGAGGAUGGACCAAGUGCCUUCUUUGCAGCUUCAGGGCUACAACUGGACCCUACGCUGACCGGAAAGCGUGACAGUUCCAUCAAGGCGUACAUGCGCGAGCUGCGCAAAGUGGUCGACAAUGCCGAUGUGCUGCUCGAAGUGCUCGAUGCCCGUGAUCCGCUUGGAUGCCGAUCUCUCGAGACCGAAAGAAUGCUUCUUCGAGCAGGCAAAAAAAUCGUUUUGAUCCUCAACAAGAUCGAUCUCGUGCCCAAGUCGAAUGUCGAAGCAUGGCUCCGAUACCUUCGUCACGACUUCCCCACGCUCGCCUUCAAAGCCUCGACUCAAUCGCAGCGCACCAAUCUCUCGCAGGGUGCCAACGCGGUCAACUACUCUAAACCCACCACCAACACUGCAGGAGCAGACGUGAUCACAGGUGGGUCCGAAGCCAUCGGUGCCGGCGCUCUACUGCAACUCAUCAAAAACUACUCUCGCAGUCUCAACCUCAAGACCUCCAUCGCAGUCGGCGUCUUUGGUGCACCCAACGUGGGCAAAUCGAGUGUGAUCAACUCGCUCAAACGCGCGCGCGUCUGCAGUGUCGCUUCCACGCCCGGCCACACCAAGGUGGUGCAGAGCGUGAUGCUCGACAAAUCGGUGCGCCUGCUCGAUUGCCCCGGUAUCGUCUUUUCCGACGAAUCCGCCGCUGGAGCCGCUGCGCUCGGACUUUCCCCCGAAGAAAUUCAGAUCAGACGUCAAUCGGCUCUGCUGCGCAAUGUCGUCAAGGUGGAGCUCGUCGAGGAUCCCAUCACCCCCGUCGAGGCGAUCAUGGCCAGGGUCGAGUCGGAACACUUGAUGCAGGUGUAUGGACUCGAGUGGUUCCAGGAAGGUGAUGCCCAGGAUCUCUUGAUGCGGAUCGCCGUGCAGCGCGGGAGGAUGGCUAGGGGAGGCAAGAUCGAUAUCGAGGGCACUGCGAGGAGCGUGCUGCACGACUGGAAUGUUGGCAGGAUCAAAUACUACACGCAUCCCCCUGCGUUGCAUCGUUCUGCUAUCCUUACGGAUCAUUCCAAGCAAACUGGCGGUGGUGCGGCAGAUGCCUUGACCAGGAGCAUCGGUGGCGUCGAAGCCGAGGAAGGCAAGAAGCUCGAGCAGAGCUCUGCUAUCCUGAGCGGGUUUAGCGAGGCGUUCGAUCUGGCAGGCUUGUUGGGCGAAGCGGAUGCAGAGGUUUUUGGUGUGGGGACGGGGCAGUCGAGCUUACCGCUGCCUGAAGCUCCCGCGCCAAGAUAUGCUGAGGAGGAAGAGCCGGAAGAAGAGAUCCAGGACGACCAUGAGCCUGUGGUAGCGGUCGAAACAGCAGCACAGCCGGUGGAAGAGGCGGAUACAUCACGUCGAUCCACACUAGGCAAACGGUCUCGAAUGGCGGCUUCCGACUCGGACGACGACAACGACGACUCGGAUGACGACGAUGCAGCGUUUGCUUCACGACGUCGGGCGAUCGGCGUUCCCGGACUGGACCCUCACUUUGACGACGACGACGACGACGAGAAGCAAGCCAUUCCCUCCGACCUUCCCGCUACCACUAUUGAUGCUGCUACCGCCAGCACCAAUGGAUGGAAGGACAAACUCACCGCCAAAGCCGCAGCCGCAUCUGCCACUUCCAAGCGCACCGCCGAACUCUCGCUCGCCUUUUCCGCCGAGGAGUUGGCGCAGAUGGCCCCCUCCACAGGCGCCUCGCGACGCAAGCUCAAGAAGCUCAAGAAGCGUGCGGACCGCGCGGGCGCUGGGCUGGUGGGUCAGUUCCAGGAGCACAAGCUGGGUGAGGGCGAGGCAAUGGCGAAUGACGGUGGCGAUGGCAAGGGGAUCGGUGGGGGCAUGUUUGGUAACGUGAAGGUGAAUGGCGGAGCGAAGAAGGUCGCACAGGCGGCGAAGAGGAAGGGCACGGGAAGUAUGUUUGAUGUUCUGUUGGAGGGUCAGGAUAUGGAGAGUGAAGAUGAGGUCGAAGAUGAGGCCAAGGGGGACAAUGUGGACAAGGCAGACGACGACUUUGAAGAAGAGCUGUAG